GGUUCGCGCGUAAAAGUUACCGAGCAGGCGGCAAGCUCAGGCAUGUAAAGAAGCGCGCGUGCGAAGUGUGCGGAAAAAGUUGUUUUGCCAUCUUACUAAACUGUGGCAGUCGAGUUUGAAUUCGCCAUGAGUGCCGUGGCAUCGUCGUUCUAUGGUCCAUCCACGCGGAUUUCAGCGAGGCUCACCCUCAAGCGUUUGCUGAAGUCGGUGGUAGAAGAGCCCGCGACGAGAGGAGGAGGAGAGCAGGACGGCAAGGACCGCUCUGCCAAGAAAAAGAAGCGACCUGCAGAUGAAAAUGAUGCCGUACAGGAACAAAAAGUUGAGAAGGAGGAAGAAGAGUCUUACCGAUCGAUGAUUCAGAAGAACAUUGCGGAAAAGAUGGCUUUCCUGGAAUCUCUUGGCGUCGAUGAGUUGAAGGUUCCAGUAGUGCCUCCUCGAGUACACAUGCCUGCCAAGUCGUCACCUUCAACCAAUCGCAGGAAGAAACCAAGGCGGGAUGUCGAGCACGUGGCGGCCAGGAAAAGUCUGCGACUGCAGAACAAGCCAGCUCUACCUGAGAAUCAAGUCUCUUUCUACCAAGAGCCAGUUAAAGAGCGCAUAAGAGAAGGACCACUUGAUUUCACGGAGGUGGUUGGGAGCGGUGUUGAUGAAGGUGGUAGGUCUUGCCUCUGUGAGCUCAUGGUGAAGGAAGAGCUCAGCCAAGUUGCCUUGGAGCCUCUGUCAAGAGAUGCCGAAACAAUGCUGGACCGGAUGAUGAACCUACAAGUUGAUGAGACAACUGUGCAGAAGGUGGUUCCAGCUCGCAUCACGGCCCUGGCUGUUCACCCAUCCCUGACAGCCACUCUUGUCUUUGCUGGUGACAAGCUGGGAAAUUUUGGAUUUCUGAAGCUGGGCGCAGCUGAAAAUGUGGUUGAGACAUACACACCGCACAGUUCUGGUUUGAUGUGCCUGAGGAUCCGCCCCGGAGAGCCUCAGAAAAUUUACUCUGGAAGCUACGACGACACGUUGCGGUGUGCGGACAUUGAGCGGGGCGUUUUUGAUGAGCUCUAUCGCACUGACCCCGAUGUCGGUGUUAUGUACUUUGACUGGAUGCUGGACAACACAAUGAUCGUGGCACACUCCGAUGGUCAAGUUUCCUUUCUGGACACCAGAGCGCAGAAGAAGCAAACUGGCUUGUACCAACUGCACAAUCGAAAAGUGAGGACCAUCAAUGCCCAUCCCGCCAACAGCUGGUGGUUCUUGACGGGCAGCACAGAUGCGACAGUAAAGCUGUGGGACUCCCGAAUGAUGUCCAGAAGGAGUCUCGUGCCUCUGGGCAUGCAGGCACACAAUCGCUCCUGUUCGGCAGCAUUCCUCUCUCCGGUGGAAGGCAACAAAGUUGUCUCGACAUCAUUUGAUGACACUAUCAGAAUAUGCAACGUCAAUCAGGCAACUGGGGAAAUAAAGCAGCAAGUUACGCUCAAGCACAACAACAUGACCGGGAGAUGGCUGUCGCCACUCAGGGCGGUGUGGAUGCCCGGAUGCGAUGAGCUCUUUCUAGUCGGCAGCAUGGAGUACCCGCGGCGCAUCGAGGUCUACUCGAGCAGUGGCACACUGCUGUACAAGUUCAUGGGCGAAAGCCUGGCUUCGGUCUGCUCGCUCAUCGAUGUCCACCCCGAGCGACUCAUCAUCGCCGGUGGCAACUCCAGCGGCAAGCUGCACAUCCUCGUCGAGCCAUAGGUUGUGAAAGCAUCACAGCUUUCAACUUCAAGCCAGCACUGCAGUAGCCCAACAGUGCAGAAGAGGCUGUGUACUUGUCACCGAUGUAAAAAUGUGCUGCAGCAGCUUUCAGAACACGCAAAUCACGAAGAAACUCGCUCUCAUUGCAUUCUUGAUUUGAGCACCGCAUUGGUCACAGUGGUGGAAACAAAGCAAGUGUAAUGGACACAGUAAAGAUCAUGUGCCUUGUUUCUACUGUCCUGUAUGCUGGAGUCCUAGUGCCUGUAUCUUUUUAACUCUUAAGCAGAGCAGUGGACUAAAGGACCUUUACCUUGAGCCAACCUCUCCAUCUUUCUUUGAAUAAAGUUAUCUUUAUUUUCUUUGCA